GUGACUGGACGCACCAUGAGCAUCUGGGAGGUGAUCCUGGCUUUCGUGGUGGUGGUGCUGAUGCUCGUGGCCCUGCUGGCCAACGUGCUGGUGCUGAUGUGCUUCCUGUACAGCGCUGACAUCCGCAAGCAGGUGCCGGGAUUGUUCAUCCUCAACCUCACCUUCUGCAACCUGUUGAUGACCGUUUCGAACAUGCCCCUGACCUUGGCUGGGAUCAUUUACAAGAGUCAACCAGGAGGAGAUCAGAUCUGCCACAUUGUGGGCUUCCUGGAGACUUUCCUCACCACGAACUCCAUGCUGAGCAUGGCAGCUUUGAGCAUUGACAGGUGGAUUGCUGUGGUCUUCCCUCUAAGUUAUCACUCCAAAAUGAGGUACAGAGAUGCUGCUCUCAUACUGAGCUACACGUGGCUGCACUCGGUGUCGUUCCCGAUAGUGGCAGCUUCUCUCUCCUGGGUGGGUUUCCAUCACCUCUAUGCCUCCUGCACCCUGUACAAUAAGAGACCAGAGGAUAGGACACAGUUUGUGAUUUUCACUGGGGUCUUUCACACCCUCAGCUUCCUCCUCUCCCUUAUAGUCCUGUGUUUCACAUAUCUAAAAGUGCUGAAGGUGGCACGGUUUCACUGUAAGCGGAUUGACGUGAUCACUAUGCAGACCCUGGUGCUGCUUGUGGACAUCCAUCCCAGUGUAAGAGAGCGUUGUCUGGAAGAACAAAAGAGACGGAGGCAACGAGCAACAAAGAAAAUAAGUACCUUUAUCGGUACUUUUAUACUCUGUUUUGCACCUUAUGUUAUCACAAGACUUGUUGAAUUGUCCUCUGUGGUCCCCAUCAAUUCCCACUGGGGAAUCAUUUCCAAGUGCUUAGCUUACAGCAAAGUUGUUUCAGACCCUUUUGUGUACUCUUUGCUACGUAAUCAGUACAAGAAGACAUGGAAGGACAUCAUAAACAAGAUCCUCAAAAGAAGCUCCAUCAACUCCUCUGCCCUCACGAGUGAGUCGCACAACCGGAAUAUAUUGCAACUGAACGAAUGAGGAGCCUGGUAUGGGAUCUUCAGGAACCAUAAAGUGAUAUAUGGAAAACAAAAGUAACUGGCCUAACCCUAGUAGCUAUCCUCAGCUGUCAAGGUUUUGGGAGGCAGCCACAGAGGCUGGUUGAAGUCAAUGUCCCUCCCGCAGCCCCUGUAACACCUAUGGGAGGCAGGCUGCUUGGUGCCUCCUGCCCACAACUACAAGUGUGCUAUAGAUAAGUGGCUCCUGCAGGCUUUGCGGGUACAAAUCUCCCAUUGAUUUUCAUCAGCAGCUACACAUACAUACAGGGUGAAAAGCUUGUCCUUCGUGGAAGGGCUCAUGAGAGUAAAGGAAGCAGACUGGUGUGAUCAAGAAAUUAUUUCAGAAAAGCCACAUAGGGAUACGUGUGGUGUUUUUCAUGGGCUGCAGGUAAGGCUCACUCCAAUUGAGCUGCCAAUCUGGCUUUACUAAAACAACCCCAGUCUAGUUGCUCUUAAAAAGCUUAAUAGCAAAAUCUUUACCUGGAUACUCAUACAAUGCCCACCAUAGUUUUCAACCUCUUUUUAAACAUAUUAUUUGAACAAUUCUGUAGAACUGAAUGGAGAGAAAGCCACUUUUGUAAUACACUGCAGGCUGGAUUCGGCCAUGUCUUCUAAGUAACUUUCACAGAAACCCAUUAUUUUCCUCCCCAUUAAAUUUUAGAACAGUAAAAAAGGUAGAUAGGAUGAAAAAAUCAGGAUGAUUCCUGCCUACCUUCAAACCACUUUCUAGUAUAUCUGAGCUACAUGGAGAUUGAUUUUGCCCCAAGGCUGCAAAAUUGGUCUGCCUGCCCCAUAUAUUAAUAAAUUAAUAAAUAAGUUAAUGAUGGUUUAUAUAUAUAUAUCAGGAAAAAUGAGCCCACAGCUGAGUUUAAAAGUAUCAUUUCCAAAGCAAGUAGAGCAAAAAUAAUAGACCUCCUCCCCACCAUGAAAGUGCAGACAGUAAUAUUAUUCCACAUCUGAACAAGUGCAAAUCUCAGAGGUUUCAAUUUGGAUCUCUGUAACACUGGGAUGUUGCUCUGCUUAUUAAUGUUAUUAAUAUUUACCAUGCAUUCAGCUCAGCCUGCAGCUAACACAGACCCAUAUACCACUAAAAUUUUCAAGAUCAAGAAAAUCCUAUGUGACACUUCCUCAGAAACUAUCACAGUAUCUUAAUUUUUGUAAACAAUAUUUAGUUCACUGUAAGUAAAACUGAAGUGUAUAGAUGGCCUCAUAAUCGUCAUGUAGCCACAACGUUGAAUCCAUCCUCCAGUGACUAAUGACAAAUUACUUUCUUUGGUAAUUUUCAGUGAUUUCUCUCUCAAUUCAGGGAAAACACUACGAAAUGAUACAGUUUAAGUGUUUUCUUAUUAACUAAGAUGUAGAAACUAAAAAUCAAUAAUUAAUCAGUUGUCAGCACUAUGAUUUUAGGAAUAAUCAGUUUAUAAAACAACUUGCCUCCAAAAAAAUGUAACUUAAAAUUAUUUUCAGGUAAAGAACUAUUGGUUUGAAAUGCUUCACAUUUAUACUUUGAUUGGCAAAAGACUUGCUACCAAUCCUGAUCUUAAUUCUUCACACAUUUGUCUCCAGCAAGUGACUUAAAUUCCAUAAGACAAAGGCAAAUUAACAUGAGAAAUGAAAUUAGGUUUUGUUCAGUAGGUCACGAAAGCUUCUCUCUAGUGGCCAUAAAUUAGAUUUUAUUUAUUUAUAUUAUUUUUUGACAAGGGUAAAACAGUCAAUGCAUGCCCAGAUUAUGAACAUUCUCAGUUAAACAGGCUUCAUGCAUGCAAUGGCAACUUAAAUAACAGCUGAUAUAGCUGGCUGUAUUAACAUCAAUCCUUGAAUAUUCCAACUGUAAAUACAAAAGUUAGGACCAUAUUGAUAAAAUAGGGCCCUAAGUACUAAAAAUGUUGAAGUAAUUUUAGUUGCCACCUCUUGUGUUCUCUAAACUAAGGGCACUGUAUGGCAUCUAUCUGCAUCUGCAGAAGCCCUGGCAGAAAAGGUUAAUGAGCUAAAUCAGUAUAUUUUAUUUGUGAGAAAUCAUUAAUAUCAGUUAUUCUGCAAACCUCAGCAUACUCCAUUUUGCAAGUUUCACCAUGAACACCUGCCUUUGAUAAAACGGAUAUUACAACAAUAUUUUUCUUUCAUACCUUGCAAAAACGCCCACUGCUAUAAUUUUUGACUGUUGAUUAAGAACCCAGAUAGGUAACUCAGUGAGAGGUUUCACCUCAAAGUUUCACCUCAGAUUUGGGGUCACUAGUGUGAAGAACCUUGCCUUAGCCCUCUGGCAUAAUACCACAGGUGCAAUCUAUAAACUCGCAUUGUCAUCUGCUUUAUAAGUGUAAAAAAAAAAUAAACAACAGAAUGAAGAUCAUUAACUAACUACCAUGUAAGUAAAAGUCUUCAUCUCAACUAUUCAGUUUAGUUAUAAAACUACAGCAUAUAUAUAAAAAAAAUACACAACUAUAGUCAUGGAAUCCAAGUAGGUUUUUCCAACACUCUAUGGUACCCAUUAGUCACAUUACAUUGUCUACCUCAUCUUAAUCAUUUGACUUGUUAAUCUUAACAUAAUUUUCUCAGGUACAAUAGGCAAAAACACCCAGUUCAAUAUUUGUUUCUUACAAAAUUCAAGUCAUUUUGAUGGCUUGACUGUAUUCUGAAAGGAUAGUAGAAAGCUGAUUAUCAGCUUAAAAAGAUAAAAUGCUUUGUAUCAGGAUGUUAUAUGUUUUACUAAGACCACUUUUAGUUAAGAAAUUAAAACAGGCUGAUUGUUAAAGUCCACAACUGUUGUCAAUUUAGACAUGGGGCUGCUGCCAAAGUCAAUGGGAGGUUUGUUGAUAAACCUAGUCCCAGAGGGAUUUUGCAUGCAAUCCAUUAUUCAAAUAGAGCAAAAUCAUUUCCCAGAAGAAAAAACUAUAGUACUGUUAGGAUGGCAAGUAAAAGGUGAAGAAUAUAACAUUGGACUUGUCUCAUUAAGCCUGUGUAUCACAGUCAGUCACUGGUUGAUUUAUGUGUCACCAUGAGCAAUAAAUCUCUCCCCUUGUAUAUGUUUAAAAAUUUGUCUUUCUUUCAUGGUGCCUUUCUUCUAGGAUUAAUCUUAUAGCAGAGAAUAAAUAUAAUUUCCCCUUAACUUACAUCAGAUCUCUGACACGUUGUCAUAUUUCUACCAUCUGAAGCAAGCAAGAGUUGUACAUGCUGGUGCUUGAUAAACCGACUCAAUAUACAAAAUAAAAGUAAUACCCUAACAUUUUCUGAUGACAUUUCAUAAGAUACUAGAAAUAUGAUACCGUGGCUCGUUAAGUGCUAGAUAUUCAUCUGAAUUCUUAUAGGCAACUGGCAAAUUUUUCUAAAAUGUGUGUCUAAGUGAUGAAUGUAGAUAUGACUAACUAUGUGUCUGCUGAGUAUUAUGUGUACUAUACAACACUUUCACUCGAGUGAGUUAGAAUAAUGAUGGCAAAUGUAAUGCACAUUACUUUAUUAUCUCUGGUCAUGAGGUGGAACUGUUCUCUUGUCAAAUGCAAAUGUGAGUGUGUGUGCGAGGGGUGGAUUUUCCAUUUGUUGUUUAAAUAUUUUUGAAAAAGUUUGUAAAGUACAGCUACAACGUGUGCCCAAAAUAUGGAACUGCAUGUGCAAAACUUGUGCAGCUGCUUAGGCAAUAUGCAGUUUUCUGUUUGUUGGUAUCUGCAUUCCAUAUGCAAUAUCUAUUUCUCACAUGCAUGUUCAAUUAACAUUUUCUUCAUAUCUUGUAAGUUUGGCAGGCAGAACAUUGGCAGACAAUUAAGAGAAUUUAGUUCACUAUGUCAUAUUGCAGAUUCCCUCUGCUCAUUUUACAGUUACUUACACAAUUUCAGAGCCAUAACUAUGAACUAGGACCCCAUAUUAUGUUAUGUUUUUGAACUAGUUUUGAUGUGAAGAUUUGGUAAUUGCACAUGGCAAAAACUAUGAGAGAAUGAUAUGUUUACUACUGACAUAAAUCAACAUAAUAUUUUGUUGCUUCAACUGACAAUCUAGUCCCAUUAGAUAAUUAUAUCCAGAUUUUAUAGAUCUGUCUUCUGAAUGUUUAGGGCUGUGUUUUCAAAGGUAUUUGCACAGUGCAAGAUGUAAACAGGGUUUGUUAAGUUCCUCAUGAGUGCAAGUACCCACUUUCAAUGCUAGGCAACUACAUGAUCCAUCUCUAACUAAGGUCUAUCCCCAUUGUUACCCCUCAAAGGCCCACAAAGCUAUGUUGUCAGUGGCUCUGAACCAUGCUUUUUAUAACCUCUGAAGUUUUAUUUAUGAAAUAGUCAAGUUAUAAUAAUCAAGUCAAUAACAAUUAAUCAAGUCAAAUAAUCAAUAUAUAAAAACUCCCAGACAAAUCUGUAUGAAGCCUGAGUGCUGCAGCAGUAGCCUCGUGCAUCACAACAUUGCAGAGCAGCUAAGGAUGGAAGGGACCUCUGGAGGUCAUCUUAUUCACCUCCCAAGAGGCACAUCACUGCUUUUUGCUGUAGCUUACCAUCUCAGUUUUGCCAAUGCAUGUCUGCUCUGCAGUAGUGUUGGGAAAUGAUCCUAGUCCACAUCAACAAUAAAGUCAUCCUGAAAAUUAUUUUUUCUGAAAUCAUUUUGGACAGCCAGCUUAGACUUGACUUCAAAAACAGCUGCAUCAGCACAAUUUAGAGGCUACAAAACUGGGUCAGAAAUAGAUGUGAAUGGUAGGCUGAGGACCAGAAAGUUUGGGAAACCUAAUCCUUACUUUACUGCUGUUGCAAUGAUAUGUGUUGCUCUGGCUGUACUGGGCUUUUCCUGUUGACCUGCUUCCACACCAGGAACUCUUCAGGACUCUCAGCCAUUCACUUACCCCAAAGACAAAGCGAAAACUUCUCUCAAAGCCCCGUAGCACAAGCAGCACAGCCUCUAUAGGAGGGUCCCUGUUGGUUUAGGAAGGCUUAAAUGGUUUUCAGUUGGGCUAUAUGGAUACUCGUCACAUACUUUGGAUGGCCAGAAACCAUCUACACCUGGAUGAGCCUUGCUUUAAGAGACAGACUAAUUCUUAAAGCUCAGGAAGUUUAUGUAGUUUGCAGAUAGAAAAUUUUUCUGGGCUUACUUGCCAAACUUUUCACAGUUUCUCCAUUCCUUUUACUACUGAAUAAAGAAGGUUCUGAGGUCUCAGAAUAUCUUGUCCUGUUCAUUUUUACAUGUGCAGUGAAUGCCACUGAAACAACUCUGGAAAUUCCUUGCUUUUCACUACUAUCAGAACUAUCUUCUCCCUACACUAAAUGUUUUUAUGAUUAAAUGAACCUUAUAAGCAAAACCAGAGACUUCACACUAAUGUCAGAUCAUUUUUAUUUAGCCCCCAAAAUCUCUGUAUAUUACUGCACAUCACAUUCAGCACAGAAAACUCGGAUUCAUGGAUCCUAUGAUGUUUGCUUUACCAGGUGACACUGGAUAGUUAGUGCUAAGCAUAAGCUUCUGUGUUGGUAGAAUCAGGGACUAUAUCUUCAUAAGCUACCCAAGCCUGAAUAGGUGAGACAAUAAAAUUUUAGCCUUAAAUCUAUUAUUUUUUCAAUUUGCUUUUUAUGCUUUAAUUCAGAGCACUAAGUAUACCUUGUAAUCUUUGAUGAAUAAAGUUUCUUUAUGAAAACCAUCCCACUUUAAAAGACAGCUGUCCUUGUUGGGAGGUAUAAAAGUUUACAUGGAGAAAAGAGCUGCUGCAGUGUCUAUAAAAUGUCUACUUCUUAUAUGUAUUUCUGGUGUGUAUCAUGUAAAUAUGUAUUUAGAAUUGUUGAUUUUUAAGCAAAUAAUGCUGAUCUAAUGAACUAGAGAGGAUACUGUCAUAUAUGUCUAUAUUUAUAACAAAGAUGGUUAGCCCUAUAGACUGUAAGUGCACUUCUGAAAUGUGUGUUGAGAAGCAAAUGUAUCAGGUGGAUGAAAGCAUGCAUGCGUGGUAAUUGUGUUGUAAAAUAUGUUUUUUUUCUUGAAGAAAUACUAUUGCACAUGGUUUCAAUAUACCCAAAGGCAUGAGUCCACUCAACUGAUUAAUAGUCUUCAAAGAUAUAUUAGGAAAAGGAUCUCCAUUUGGAGUUUACUGAAUAGUGAGAAAGAAUUUUCUAGUCCCUGUAGUUAUAAAAUUACAGUUCUGAAGCAAACAUUUUUUUUUUAAAUAACAGAAAUAGCAAAAAGGAAAUUGAGAGCCUCCAUUCUACUGGGAUUUGAUCCAGCAAGAGUUCCUAAGGAAGAAGAAAAUAAGUGCUUUCAAAUGAAAUGCCAGUGCAUCCUAGUGAGAUACUAAAGGAAAUGCAACGUGGCCUAGUGUGCAAACUUGGCUAUAUGCUUCCAUAUGGUUGAGCACCAUAGAUAGUCCUAUUUAGUCAUUUUGCACUUAUGCUGUCUUGAGUCCUUGAACAAAAUUAACAAAUAAAAAGCUGUUGGAUUUCAAAGUGAUUUACGUUGCAACCCUGACCAUGAAAUCCUUAUGCAAAGACAGCUAAUUUCUACUCCUCCUGAUUUGUUAAUGUGAUCCACGAGCUACAGAGAGAAAUAUAUAUAUACAUCCCAUGAGCUGAAUGACAUUUGACUUUUUCUGACUUUUGUUAGGAAAAUAAUGUCAGUAAAAUAUGUGGUGUCCUCAGGGUCAUACAGCAAAUGUGACAAGGCAGGGGACAACUUAUCCAUACUGUACCAUCUGGUCCAAACACACUCAAGUAAAAUAAAGCUAUCUGCAUCAGCCACAGUAUGUGAUGGGUCAUUUAUAGCAGAAACCAUAGGGCUUCCCUCAUAACAUGUUUGAAAAAUCAUUAUCACAAAAUGCCUUGGAAAAUAGAAAUAGAUAACUAAAAGGUGCCUUGAUUUAGCUUUAUUUAUACACAUUUUUCUAAACCUUAGAUUUUUUUCAUGUUGUUUUUAUUUACUUAAGAUCAUUAAAAAAAAAAACAACACACAUAUAUUUGACAAUCAUUAAUCUUUCCCUUCUGAACUCUUGCAGGAAUGUGAUGUAUUACUAGUCCUUAUAGAUGCAGUUGAAUAUAAAACUUUUCCUCUAGAUUAGAUUAUUAGAUGAUUACUUGCUUAAAAAAAAAAAAAAAGAAAAAAAAAAAGUUAGGGGCUGCUAACUGCUUGCUAUAAGGACAAUGGUGUUUCUUGGAUCAGUAAGGAACCUCAUAUAAGAGGUUCAAAAAUGUAUGGCCUGUGUAUUUAAACUUCAUUUUGUUUUGUUUUGAAAUAACAAAAAUAAAUUUUAAGCACCUAGUCAGUCUAAAGAAAGGUAGUUCUGAAAUAGCAUUAAUAAUAGCUUCUGUAGAUAGGGCAUGUUUUGAUUAUAUUAUAAAUAUAAAAUUAUAAUUUAUUGUAUUUUACUUUAAUUUGUAUAACAAUGGGUUGUAAUUGUAGGGGCCAUUUAUAUGGAGGGAAAAAGGCAAUAUUAAUAAAUGGAUAGAGUGAUGCACAGACCAACUUGUAAUGACAAAAUAUUCAAGAGUGCCAUGGGUUAAAAUGGACUAUGGGACUAUAGUGUCCCUGGUAAGCUAAACUCCUGUAGUCUCUUAAUAUACAUAUUCAUUCAUGUAAAGACAGAUAUAUAAAAUUCUGUUGUACUAACACUUCUAGUUUAAAGGAAUACAAGACAGUAAAUUUUAAUCCUUCAGUUUUUUGAAUAAGGGGCCUGUGCUGCCUAUUCUGUUUACAAUGGCUUGUGCUUUGUGAAUACAUAUCAAAUGUUGUAAUAUAUUUUUAUUACAUAGAGUUAAUGGUUAAUAAAAAGUAACAUAUAAAUAAAUACAUACUAUAUAUGUAUAUUGUGAUUUUGUUAUAUGGACUGUUAAUGAAAUGUGAUUAUGAUUAAA